GGCAAUGAGGGGUUGGCUUUGGCUAACUGGUGUGGAAAAUGGUGGCAAGGAGAUCCAGACAGCGGCUGUAGUCGGACGGGACACAAACAGUUUUAUCUCUGAGUCAAUCAGACUUGCAGUUAUGGCUGAUGCUCAACAAAUCAAGAAAACCGCAGCAAAAGUCUUGUGCUGUGUGGAGAAAGUGUCUUCCUUUGCCUCCUCCAUCGACCCCAUCUUUGGCGUCGUCUCUUCUCUGGUUGGUGUGGCAAGAAAGGGCCUGGCGGAUGAUGAGAGCCACGCCUUAGACAAAGACUUUCAGGCAAUCCACGCCAAACUGGAGAGCAUCUCCGAGAAAAACAAUCAAUGCCUCAGACAGAUCCGCAUCGACGAGGUGAACGAAACAUACGGGAAGUAUGAGGAGUACAUCAAGCACCAGUACAAUGCCUUCAACAGCAUGGUGGCCCAGGUGAAGAAAGACCCAGACAAUGCCCAGAGGUACAUGGAGACCUUUGAAAAGAUUUACGAAAGAGACAAGUCAGAUCUGGGCCUGGAUGUGUUCUAUCGCGGUGUGAUGGGUGUAAAAACGGUGUUUGGAAGAGCUCUGCUGGAUGUGUACUUCGAUAACUGCAAGGGAGACCACGAAAUCAUGGAGCGCCAUUGCUCUCAUAUUGCGCAUCUCUUCCAUAUGGGCCUCAUUGCAUUGAUGGGGUUCACUGCUGUCACUGAGGAUGAUGAAGACGAGGUGCGCGAAAAGUGGGCCAAGAGGGUGUCUGAGAUCCAGAUGAAGAUGGAAGACGUUCUCAAACAGUGUAAAACCAACUCGACCUGAACCAAGAAAGAAAGAAUGUUCUCUGGAUUUGCUGCCAGAGAACAUCCUGGCAGCAAAUCCAGACUAGUCUUAAGCAGGAAAAAUAAUUAGUUAUGUAAUAUUUAAAAAAAUAUGUACACUUAUAGAAAAACCAAAGCCAUGUUACAUGUGCGCAUGGGUGCUUCGCAUCGACUCAAUUUGUUAUGACCAAUAUAACUGUAUGCUGCUUUGUGUCACAUCUCAAUAAAUGCUGAAGUUUUAUACAAUCUGUUCAACUUAAUGAAUAAAUUAUUGUCAAAGUUGCUCCA